AUGGAGGGUAUGCAACACAUGUCAGAGUUGGUGUUUAUGGUACUCUGUCGUAAAUUGGGGACCUCAGAACAGGUGACUAUGAGGCGAGAUAUAAGUGAUUUCAGGGAAAUGAUGAUUUUGUUCAGUGAAUCGAGCAAAGAUUUUCGUAUAAUAUUAAGUGGAAGUUAUAAGGAAGGAUUUAGACUGGAUGAGUCUGAUAGGGACGCUAUGAUUUCGCUCGAUCAGUAUCGGGUUAUAUGGAAUUUAUCUCAGAAUCAGGAUUACAACAGAUAUACACUGUUUCUUUCUGACUGUUCCGAAAGCCCGCCAGGAUACACGCUGCUUCAGUUGCUCUUACCAGCCAAAUUAACAGUAAAAAUCUGGGCCUCAUGCUUUAGAAUGUAUGAAAAAUACUAUUUAUCUAGUUUUAAAUUUCGAGAAAAUAUGCACUUUCCAUCCAGGCCGGAUUCACACGUUCAUGGCCCCUGUAGAAGUGGAAAUUUCAAAGGAAUAGAAUUUGAUGAUGCCUACUGUUUUGCAAGUGAUUUCUGGCCUCCGUCUACCUUAGCAUGGAUCGAUAGAUGUCACUCGUGGCCGAGCCCGCAUGUAGUUGAUGAUAUUGUCAGGAAUGGAUGUCACUUUGUAGCAAUAGGGCACAAGCAAGGAAAUCACGAGGAAAAUGAAUGGAGAAUUUCAUUCUCUUACGCAGAACGGAAACUUGUGUACUGCAUGAACCACUGUCAAUUUCUCACGUAUGGUUUACUCAAACUAAUUCUUAAAGAAAUUAUCAGGGAAAAUAUAGAAGAAAGCUUACUUUCCUCUUAUCACUUGAAAACAGCUGUAUUCUGGGUGAUUCAGCAAAAUUUAAUACCUGACUGGUAUCCACAAAAUCUUCUGGAGUGUUUCUGGGUCUGUUUUAAACGCCUUCUUAAAUGGGUGUAUGAAGGUGUGUGUCCUAACUUUUUCAUCCCAGAAAACAACAUGUUUUUAAAUAAAAUAUUCGGUAAAUCUCAAAGGGAGUUAUUCCUAGAAUUGCACGGACUGUAUGAGAAGGGUAUAGCAUUGCUGCAACAGAGUCAUUCCGUAAGAUCCUUUACUAUAGAUUUUUUUUGUAAUCCCAGACAAUGCAUGUCUUUUAAUCAGCAAAGUGAAGAUUGGGAGGUUGUGUUUGAUUCAGACCUAUUUAGAGAGAUAUCUAAUAACGAUGCAAUAUUUACACAAAAUCUUAAUCGCUGCUUACAUCUCCUACGAUCAAUGGAAACGUUGAUAAAUUUAUAUCUUAAAAACUAUACAAACUAUCAAAUUCUCAUGGCACAGAAACUUACAGUCACCAUUCUCCAGAGCACAGCUUUUGUGUUACACAGCAGGUGCGCUAACAUUGUAAUGAACAAGUUAAUGUAUAAAGCUGACAAGAUAUCAUGUUAUAUGUUGAAACUAGCUGCGAAAAUGGGGUUCGUUUCUGAUAUCUUGUACCUUGUGAUGUAUUAUUACAAGACUUUUCGACACAUAAAAGCACGAAAGAUCCUAGAGAUAGCAAAUAACGAAUUUCAGCAACCCUAUCUUAUGUAUAUGAGUGACGUAGAUAUCAAUAUAUAUACAGCAGAAGUUGGGGGUCAGUCUUGUUCUACAAAGAUGAGGAGAGCUGUUGUUGGGGACAUCAGGCUCUCUACAAACAUCCAUUAUAUUGAUGAAUUAAUACAUGAGCAGCGUCUAACGGGUCAUAUCGAGGGAACCAUACAUAUAUCACCAUUUGUUAUGUUACUCAUGCUAGAAUUCUUAUGUUACAGAAAAUUUGACGAAUAUAUUGCGGCAGUAGCCAUUUAUGAUUUAAAGAAUUUAGUUGAAGAGGGAGAUUUGAUUCGCCCCUGUACAAGAGACAUAUGUUGGCAGAUCUUAGGAAUUUGUCAACAGCUCCAAGGUGAUCUUUGGGCUGCCCUGUAUUCAUAUCGCGAAGCAGCUAGACAGGAUCUCUUCCACAAUUUAAAAAAGGCCACGGUGUUGAGGAUACGAAGUCUUGAUAAAUGA